AUGUGUUUGUCUAUCGCUCAUUUAGUGUAUGAAUAUAAAUUAAUUCAUAUAUAAAAUUUUUAAGAGGAAAUAAUUGGGAUAUAUUACUAAACAAACAUUUAAAACACUAUUCACGUGAUCAAAAUUUCAAAAUUUAUAUUUUUCGGUUUAAAACACCUUCAAUAGUUCAAUGUGUGCUAGAGCAUUGAGUAGAUAAAAUGAAUUUAAUUUGGAUCUUUAUUAAUGAAUACAGUCAAUCUGAUUUUCACUGGGAAUAGUAUAUGGAAGCAAUAUACCUGAUUUUAGCUCGUUUUGUCAUAUCAAUGACUACUCGAAGACGACGUUCAUCAUCUUUGUCAUCAAUAAGUAACAGUUUCACUUCAGACGAUGAAGAUUUCUGGUCUGCUUCUUCGUCUAGAAAGACAUCAAGAGAGUCAGAAUAUAAAAAGAAAAUCAGUUUAUCAACUGUUCAGUCAACAAGUGAAUUGCGUGUUAUUAGUUCAUCUCGUGUGGCGAAUGAAACUGAGUAUUCACAUGAAACUUUAUGCAACUAUAAUGAGCCGCAGACAGUACGAGAAUCUCGAACAAAUUCAGUACAGAUUGAAUCUUUAAUGUGUCGAAGACAAUCAGUCAGUUUGCCUGGAUUUCAUGAAGGUCUAAAUUCGGGUAAAUUAGUCUCAAGAUUGAGUUUAGUCGGUGAUGAACUAGAAGAAAGCCUCAAAAAGUUUAGUAAAUCUCAAAAUGCCAGUACAAGGAGAUGGAGCAUUUUUGAUUCUUUCGUAUCAAAGCCAGAAUGAUAACAUAAUAUCGAUCGAUUAGAAUGAGAAGAAAUUGUGUUCGACACAGUCUCUAUGGGAUGCGAUUCAUGACUUCUUUGACUUGUCUUUCAUAAUGAUUAUUUCUUGAACUAUAUCUUAAAUCUACAACAUGCACUUACCAUUUAUCUUAAUAUCUGACAAAUUAUGUGAUACAUAUUCAACGAACAAUUGUUAAACACAGUUUCAGUCAAUAUGAUGUUGUACAUUGAACUCAAAAAGAAAUGUUUUAACUAUCAGAAAGUAUUUUGUUUCCUUAUACCUUCAUAUAUACUUGAGAAUAAUACACAAAAUAACACUUUUGUCUUCAAAAACUGAGAUUUCUUUCUAUAUAUUGAAGAAUU